AUUAUGGAAUUGCAAUAAAAUUAGCAAUUUAAACUGAAAUGUUAUCACAAUCUGAAAUUUUUUAUGUGUCUAAACACUUGUAACAGAGUAAAAUAAUCCUGCAGUUUUCAGAAAUAUUUUGUUUUCCAGUCAUUUAAAUUUGCCACAUAUUUGCUUAGAAGUUAAAGGGACAGUUCACCCCAAAAUCAAAAAUACAUAUUUUUCCUCUUACCUGUAGUGCUAUUCAUCAAGCUAGAGUGCCAUCUACCAUUAUAUUAAAAAAAUGCAGACAUCUCUACGGCUGAUAUCUCCAACACUCUGCAACUCACACCAAAACAAUGUAGAUGGAUAAAUAGCACUACAGGUAAGAGGAAAAAUAUGUAUUUUUAAUUUGGGGGUGAACUGUCCCUUUAAACACCAUGUGACUUUUACUCCACUUUUUUUUAUCACCUGUACUUUUAAGAACAAGAAGUUGCAGUACCAAAGUCCUGCUCAAGUUGGAACCUGGAAGGACUAGCACGUGCUCUGCUCUCUGGCAAAAGAGAAAUAUUGAGAAAAGAAUAUACACGGGAAAAUACAUUGCAUGCCAGAAAAGAAUGAAAAUGCCCUGGGUCUGGAUCACUCUCUGCUUGCUCUGUCCAACUGUGGUUUACGGUGGGAAAGUUCUUGUUUUUCCAGUGGACGGGAGCCACUGGGUGAACAUGAAAGUCAUUAUUGAGGGACUACAUUCAAGGGGCCACCAGGUUUCUGUUGUGCGGUCAUCAGACAGCUGGUACAUCAAGGAAACCUCCCCAUUAUAUACUUCGAUUACACUCGAUAUAGAGUCUGGAUUUAAUGAAGACUUUACAAGUACGUUCGUGUCCCGGUUGCUGGAAAUCCAGAGGGGAGGGAAGUCUGCCUGGACACGUUUUAAGCUGGAAAUGGAACAAGCACAAAAGGCCUCUGAGCUGCAUGAGAAAACAUGCAAAAUGCUUGAGAUGCUUUUUGAAAACAAAGAUCUGAUACAGUCGCUACACAAUGCCAAAUAUGACCUUGUCCUUACAGACCCUGCUAUACCAGGGGGUGUUAUACUUGGGCACUACCUCAGGUUGCCUCUUGUUUUCAAUGUCAGAUGGACUAGUCAAGGUGAAGGCCAUUUUUCAAUUGCGCCUUCUCCUCUUUCUUAUGUUCCGAUGACAGGGACCAUGCUUUCAGAUAAAAUGAGCUUUCUUGAGAGACUUCUUAAUGUAAUCAUUUUUGGCUUCACAGAAUAUCAAAUUGGACAGUAUGUCUUACCAAAUUAUGUUAGCUUAAUUGAAAAAUAUUUAGGUCCAGACGCAGACUACCUCUCCCUGUUCCAAGCUGCAGACCUGUGGCUCAUGAGAGUGGACUUUGUGUUUGAGUUCCCUCGCCCCACCAUGCCUAAUGUUGUCUAUAUGGGAGGGUUCCAGUGUAAACCUGCCGAACCUUUGCCUCAACACCUGGAGGAGUUUGUGCAGAGUUCUGGAGAGCACGGAGUCAUCAUCAUGUCUCUGGGGACUUUGAUUGGAGAGCUUCCCCAUGACCUGGCUGAUGAGAUCGCUGCAGCUUUUGCCAAAUUACCUCAGAAAGUCAUCUGGAGAUAUAAAGGUGACAGACCAGCCACACUGGGCAACAACACUUUAAUAGUCGAGUGGAUGCCGCAGAAUGAUCUUUUAGGACAUCCCAAGAUAAAACUAUUCGUGGCUCAUGGAGGAACAAACGGAGUUCAAGAGGCAAUCUACCACGGAGUUCCUAUCCUAGGACUUCCAUUGAUUUUUGAUCAACGUGAUAAUCUAUUUAGAAUUGAAGUAAGAGGAGCAGGGAAGAUAAUUGAUAUCUUCACUAUGAAUAAAGACAUCUUCUUUCAGGGUAUUCAGGAAGUCCUGAACGAGCCCUCCUACAGGACGAACAUGCAGAGACUCUCCGGGCUGCACCGAGAUCAGCCAAUGAAGCCGCUGGAUACCGCCCUCUUCUGGAUAGAGUUUGUGAUGAGACACAAAGGUGCAGCUCACCUGAGGACAGAGUCCUACAGACUGCCCUGGUAUUCCUACCACUCUGUUGAUGUGAUGCUCCUCUUAGCUGGAGUUGUGCUGAUUAUUCUGGGCACCUUUGCUGCCUUAAUAAGAUGUUUAUGCUCUGUGUGUCUGAGAACAAAAAGUAAAUGUGAUUUAAAAAAAACAAAGUAACAAUCAAAAUGAAAUGAAGGGUGCCCCAGUAGCUCACCUGGUAGAGCGCGCACACCAUGUGCCAAGGCUGAGUCCUUACCGCAGUGGCCCAGGCCCCUUUGCUGCAUGUCAUCCCCCCUCUCUCCCCCCUUUCUUGUCUCUCAUCAGCAAAUGUGAUUAUUUAAAUAUGUAAAACGUGAAUAGAUGAAUGACAAGUGAUGAAAACAUUGGCUUAGCUAUUUGUACAGUGAUUUGAUGGGGAUAACAGAAAAACAUUUCCAAUGAGUUGCAAAAACCUGGUAUGAUUCUAGUAAAAAAGACAACAAACCUAUAUCAUUCAGUACUUUGUAAUUCUUUAUUUUAUAAACAAGGAAGAACACAUAUGUUUACGGCUGAUUACAUUCGAUUCACUAUAUUCUUACACUAUUGUUAUCUCACAAACCUGGUACUCUGGAUAAACAAACAUGUCAUACCUUUGACAUGCAAUACACUUUGAAUAUGUGACCCCUUGAUAUCUGUAACCUCAGAUCAGAGUCCACACAGAUAGAAUUUGUAACAAAAUGUACAGUAACGUUGCCGCUUUAGAGGGAACAAAAUAAAAGCAUUUUCAAAAUUUCUGAAAUAUGUGGGGACUGUUAAUGAGUUUGUCCUCUUAAUUUAGCACGCAGUGGAAAAGAACAUGUGCGUAUGUUUUUGCUCUUUUCUCUUAGCUCCACUGAUUUUUAAGACUUUUCAAAUUCACUCUUACACUGUAGCACUUAAAUAUUACAUUUUUAAAUGACUACAUUCAUUCCUCAAUGUUGCACAGUACUGAGGAUUCAUGUUCUUAUCUCAUCCGAGCCAAGUGUAGGCCUGUAUGGAUUUAAACAUAUCCAAUUUCACACACAAAGAUUAGAGUGACACACCAGGACUAUGCUGGGCGCUUAUCUUGCUUUUUACCUGUAGGAUUUUGUAUUAUGGACUAUUUUUUGAUGGCUCAAUCUUGUUUUUUUAUACAACACAUCGAAUGUCAGUGUUGAUGAAAAGCCUCUCCCAUUUUAGUCUGAUCAGACGACUUGGAGAUUUCAUUCUAGAAGUCAAACAAAUUUAAAUGUUUGAUCAACAUAAAGAUGAUGACAAAGAAAAAUAAAGUCAUUUUGAAUACUA